GCUAGUGAUGAAUCAUUACAGCACUCAUUGUCAUUAUUACUAGCCUUUGUCACUCUACGUCAACAGAACCAGCGCGCCACAAGUAUCUGAUUACGCAAUCACAGAAUGGAAAAAAUGCAAGAAUGUAGCAGCAGAUCAUAGAAGAGGAAUCCCGCAUUCCGAGAGAGACACGGAUUGAGAGCGCGCGGUAUCGAUCGAUCUCUCUGUAGCUCCUCCUGCUGCUGAUCACACCUAAUGUACGGUCAUGUGGGCGAACAGCGUCCAGAAAGCCGCUAUAUAAACCUCCAGCUCAUCUGUCCGAGGACACUGACACUGCUUCAGGACGCUUGGAGACUCUUGCGGCGCAGCUGUCAUAAUGUCCAACGAAUGGGGAUACGCAGACCAUAACGGACCUGAGAAAUGGUGUGAAAACUUCCCCAUUGCUAAUGGACCUCGCCAGUCUCCAAUAGACAUUCAACACAGUGGAGCAUCUUAUGAUGAAUCACUGAAACCGCUUAAUCUGCAGUACGACCCCUCCACUUCACUGGACAUCCUGAAUAAUGGACACUCCUUCCAAGUGACCUUCGCCGAUGAUGACGACAGCUCAACUCUGACGGAAGGCCCGAUCUCAGGCAAAUACAGACUCAAGCAGUUCCACUUCCACUGGGGAGCCAGCGACGACAAGGGCUCCGAGCACACAGUCGAUGGGAAAUGCUACCCAGCUGAGCUCCAUCUGGUCCACUGGAACACAGAAUAUCCCAGUUUUGGGGAAGCAGCCAGUAAGCCUGAUGGUCUUGCUGUGGUUGGAGUUUUUCUAGAGAUUGGUGAAGACAAUCCUAAUCUUCAGAAGCUUCUGGAUGCUAUGGAUGCAAUCAAGUGCAAGGGAACGCAGACCUCCUUCACAAACUUUGACCCAACCGUCCUGCUCCCAGAGUCUCUGGAUUACUGGACGUACCUGGGGUCUCUGACCACCCCUCCUCUCCACGAGAGUGUCACAUGGAUCGUCUGCAAGCAGUCAAUCAGCAUCAGCUCAGAGCAGAUGACGAAAUUCCGGUCUCUGCUUUUUACAGCAGAGGAUGAGGAGGCCUGCUGCAUGGUGAACAACUAUCGCCCCCCUCAGCCUCUGAAAGAUCGCGAGGUCCGUGCAUCUUUCAAAUGAAGGACCCCCCCACCCCCCCGGACCUCUCUCUCUUCCUCCCCUUCCUUCCCUUCUUUAGCAUGAUAUGCAAACGCGGAGCCCCUGGGUCAAGGGCCCCAAAGCACCUUCACCCUCCAUGCAGUGAUGCUGUGCAACCUGCCAGCUGUCCAGCAGACCAGAUGUGCUGUUUGGAGAGUAAAGAGGCUAUGCAGGGAAUCAUGUGUUUGUACUGUACUCUUUCUAUCUUUCUCCUUCUUCAUUCAUUAGUGCAAAUGCUUGAAUUAUUUGGAUUUAGAAUAUGGUGCCAAUUUUGUAUGAUGCUCUGAUUUACAUGUGAUGCAUAGACAGACAAGAGGAGUAAUUUAACAUAGGGUAUUUAAUAUGUAAAUGGAGUAUUUAAGCAUAUUCGUAUUGCUGUAGAGCAGAGAUGCCCAAAUCUGGACAAACUUGGCCCGUGAUGACCUUUGAUUUGGCCUGUCAUAUUAUAUUUACAUUUAUGCAUUUGGCAGAUGCUUUUAUCCAAAACGACUUAUAUUGCAUUGAUGGUAUACAUUUUUUUUAGUUCAUGCAUUCCCUUUUGCACUGAAAAAAAAAAGUAAAAUGUA